AGUUAAGUGGAUGGAACCUAUUGAAGUCAUAGAUAUAUGCAAGUACGUACCCACUUUUCUUCGAUGAUCCUGGUUGGCCUGUUAUUGCCGACUUGUGACUCUGUUGUUGCCUGUUUAAACAUCGAUUCCUACUUGAACAUUUCUUUUCGUUCUCUAGUGUUUCUUACUAUUCUAUUAUGGCCUUCCCCUUAUCCUAGUAGAAUUGUACUGUUGACAUGGGAUUCAUGGAAGUUAAAAUAGUAAGAAAAAGGAGGGAGAAGACAACACAGCUUGAAGUUAAAAUUUGUUAAGCAUUGCAUCUCCUCCAAAAUUGGAUUGACAAAUUUUUUUUUAAUUUUCAUUUUUCUUCAAACAUUAAUUAGCAUCUCCUUUCCUUUAUAUUGCUUUCACUUUAAAUAACAGUAAAGUGAAUUUAUUACUAGUAUUAUUUACUUGCAGGCAUCUUCAACAUCAAUAAUUAAGGUGGCACUUCUCAUUUGUCACGUUAAAAAACUGGGCGGCUAAAAUAAUAUCCGAUAGUUCAAACCACAAGUUUGCUGCUACGUGAUACUACUCGAGCGAGGAAUCAGUCGCGACCUUACGCCACGGAAAAGUAUAGGCGCGGCAAUUAUUGGUUUCCGCAUCCAUCCCUCAGGUGUCUCCUAUUCGAUUCCCACCAGGCCAAAGAAGUUUAUCGGUAUUUCCACUUCAUUUCAUAAUGAUGCUGAAAGCGAAAACCCAUCCGCCUUCAACGCCACCCUCCGACUUCGUCCCCGUCCCCCAACUCUCUCUCUCUCUCUCUCUCUCUCUCUCUCUCUCUCUCUCUCUCUCUCUUCACGGAAUGCGCCCGCCGCUCCCUCCCAAACACCCCCACGCCCACCGAGCCGUCCUCUGUUUCCUCUCCCUCGUCCUUCUCUUCUUCUUUCUCUUAUACCUCUUCUCCCUUGCCCCUUCCCGGAAUAAACCCUCCCCUCUUCCUUCUCCUCCGCCUUCUUCCCGCAAUGCCCCCGCGGACUCCCUCAGCGAUCCUCACCGCCUCUUCCUCUCCCUCUCCCCCGGCGCCAAUGCUAGCAUCGCAGCCCACCUCCGCACCCUCACCCUCCGCCCACACCUAGCCGGCACCCCUUCCGCGGCCCACGCCGCCUCCUACGUCCUCGCCCACCUCCGCUCCGCCGGCCUCCGGACCCUCGUGGCCGACUACUAUCCGCUCCUCUCCUACCCCGCCUCCGCCUCCCUCGCCCUCCUCCGCCCUGACGGCGCCCUCCUGAGGUCACUUCCCCUUGCUGAGCCCGCAGACCCCGAGGCCGCCGCCGUGCCGCCGUACCACGCCUACUCUCCCUCAGGCGCCGCCAUGGCCCCCGGGGUGUUCAUCAAUUAUGGCCGGGAGGAGGACUACCGGGCGCUCGACCGGCUUGGUGUCGACGUCAAGGGCUGCGUCGUGAUCGUGCGACGCGGCGGCGGGUACCGGGGUGCGGUGGUUGUGAGGGCCGCGGCGAGAGGCGCGGUGGCUGUGCUGAUGUUUAAGGCGGCCGACCGCGGUGGAGUCGAGAGGGGGACCGUGUUGCUCGGCGGGGUCGGCGAUCCGCUGACCCCCGGGUGGGCGGCUCCUUCCGCCGCGGCUGCGGCGGACGACGGUGGGGGCGAGAGGCUUGACGCCGACGAGGAGGAGGUGAGGCGGAGGUUCCCCAAGAUUCCGUCGAUGCCGCUGGCGGAGGCUGUGGCGAUGGAGAUUUUGAGGACGCUGGGUGGGCCCCCGAUGCCUCGCGCUUGGAGAGACGCGUUGCCUUUGGCGGAGGACAGCGGCGUCGGACCCGGCCCCACGUUGGUCAACCUCACGUAUCAGGAAGAUAAGAAGUUGGCAAAGAUUCAGAAUGUUUUCGGUGUCAUAAGGGGAAGUGAGGAGCCAGAUCGUUAUGUUAUCCUUGGCAACCACAGAGAUGCAUGGACAUUUGGUGCUGUGGACCCCAAUAGUGGAACAGCUGCACUUCUUGAUGUUGCUCGCCGUUAUGGGAGCUUGUUGCGCUCGGGCUGGAGACCUCGAAGGACAAUAAUCCUAUGCAGUUGGGAUGCAGAGGAGUUUGGAAUGAUUGGAUCUACUGAAUGGGUUGAGCAGAACCUUGGAAAAUUGACAUCGAUGGCUGUGACAUACUUGAAUGUCGAUUGUGCAGUUCAAGGUGAUGGUUUUUUUGCUGGUGCAACUCCCCAGUUGGACAAGCUUCUAGUUCAAGUUACAAAACAGAUCCAGGAUCCAGAUUUGGAAGGCAGGACGGUUUAUGAUUCUUGGGCAGCAAAUAAUGAAGGUAUCAGUAAGAUUGAAAGACUGGCUAGAGCUGAUUCAGAUUUUUCUGCAUUUUUACACCAUGCGGGGAUUCCUUCUGUGGAUUUGUACUAUGGUGAAGCAUUCGGCGGCUACCAUACUGCUUUUGACUCCUAUAAAUGGAUGAUAGAACAUGGAGAUCCAUCAUUUCAUCGCCAUGUAGCCACAUUCCCAUCCCUCGGGGAUGCGGAGGCGGUAAUAUGCGCAACCGGGUUUCGUUAUUCGUGGGAUAUCUUCGCCCCUUGGAAGGUUGCAGGUGGACAAUUUUGGUACGGUGAACCUAGUGGAAGCAUGCCGGAAAACUGGGGUUAAUAGGUUCAUCCUUGUCAGUUCCAUUUUGGUCAACGGGGCUGCAAUGGGCCAAAUACUUAAUCCAGCUUAUAUAAUACUAAAUGUAUUUGGGCUUACAUUGAUAGCAAAGCUACAAGCGGAGCAAUACAUCCGAAGA